GUUUUCUGUAGAUUUCAUCAGCUGUAUUUUACUGAAAAUUGUCAGUAGCAUUUAGGAAGUCUUUGGUAAUCAUGUUCCGCCAAUUUAUCGUCCUCUGCUUCUUGCCUAUCCUACUGGCAUGUAACGUUGACCACUCUCGUUACAAACGGAACACCAACAGCAGUGGGAGCUAUCCCGAUUUUAUCCUAGGUACCGACGGUCCUGCAGAUGCCGCAACUCUUGGCUACACCAUAAAUCACCAUGCUCUCAUUGUCAGCAACCUUACCUCUACCCUUGAGUUCUACGGUGAUGUCCUCGGCAUGAGACACAUUUUCACUUUCCAAUUGAAUGCGAACUGGUCUUUGAUGUUCAUGGGCCAUGCGCAGGGUGGAAAAAAUGGAACUGGAUUCCAGGAUGCAAUUACACUGGAAAUGGAGAGAGGAAAUAGGGAAGGACUUUUAGAGUUUUUAUCCUAUGCUGGCACUGCACCACCAACACAAACAAAGCCUCAUUCUUCCUUUUCGCAUCUUGGUCUCAUCGUACCCGAUAUUCAAGCCGCACAAGCACGUAUGGAAGCAAAAGGAGUGAAAAUUGUGAAGAGAGUUGGAGACGCGGUAGAUAUCAACUCACCUAUUCCUGCUGCGCUUGGAUUUCCAAAUGUGCAGGCUUUUGAGGAGGGGAUACCGGGGCUUGAGGCUUUGGGUUUUUAUGACUUCAUGAUAAUUGCGGAUCCAGAUGGAAAUUUGCUUGAGGUUAUUCAGCAGUAUUGAAUUUGUGUGGAGGGGCAAAAAUUUGAGAUGAGAAGAAAAGUUUGAGUAAGUUUCGAGAAUUUCGAGGAUAGUUGUACUAGUAUUUGUAGAAAUGUGAUUAGCAAUUUUUUGGUGCUGAGA